AUGAGGGGUGGAAGUGCUUGAAAGUGUAUUAUUUAUACAUUUACAAUAUUAUGACUCGCUCCCUCAGAGAAAAUAUACGAGUUUGUCCUCAAAGGAUCAUAUACCUGUCAACACGUCUUAUUUGUCAUCGUAAUUUCUCGUCAUUGCGACAAGUCAAAGGCUUGAGAUCGCUGGACAGGUGAGAAGUGACGGAGUGUGUGCACAAUGGGACGGGGGAAACCUCAAGGGAAGAAGACAAUGGAUAUAAGAAUGCUAUUAGUGGUUUUGUUGAUGACUGGCUUGCUGUCAGUGUUUGUCCUGUUGAAUUACGCUCAACAAUCUUUACACGAUCGGGAGUUGACGCAAAGGCUGUCUAUGAUGACGUCAGCUCAUGGUUUUACACAAGAUAUCGAUGCACAUCACCAUACGCAGAUCCAACACAUAAGCCGGACCAAAAGGCGAAACUUAGAUAGAAGCAGUUCUGAAUCUCAAACGGGAUUCCAGAGAGUUGGAGACACUCUCAACACGUAUGUGUAUUCGGCAAUAUACGACGACAUUGAUGUCCCUAUAAUCAGGGUAAUAGCAUUGGUUAGACAUAUCCAGGAUGCGAGGGAACUGCCAUCAUUUGUAUGCACGUACUUUAAUGGUUCUGGACAAACCUCUCCGGUCACGUACAGGGGAAUACUGCAGUAUGUACCAGAGCCUAAGUGGGGAUACAGAUACCAUUCCGGAUUUAUUAAGUGUGGGUUUCCCAAAGACGGAUGGCCAGCAGCAGUAAGGAUCAGUGGAAAUAAAUCCGCAGAGGCUGGUAACAUGCUGAGAGUUAUCUAUCCUUUGAAGAAAAAAAGACAGCUUACAAGAUGUUUCUCAGCACUUCAUUCAAAUUUCAGCGACACAUUACAGCUUAUACAGACACUUGAAAUCAGCCUCAUGUUCGGUGUUGGACAUUUCAUUGUUUACAAUUACAGUAUACACGAAUCUGCUAUGAAUGUUUUAAAACAUUAUCGUAAUUUGGGAGUUUUAGAAAUCUUGCCAUGGGAUGUACCUGUAAACCGAUCUGAGAUUCAUUACUUUGCACAACUUGCUGUCAUUCAAGAGUGUAUGUACAGAAACUUGCACGUCUCCGAUUUUAUACUGACUGGAGACACGGAUGAAGUCUACAUACCAAAGGUGUAUGCCAAUACUUCAGACAUGAUCGUUGACAACUUGAAAGGUCGACCAUCGUGUUCUUGUCUGCUUGUCCGAAAUACCUUUUUCCCUUUGAACCUUCAACCUCAUAUGGGGAAUUUCACUCUGAAGCAAGAAGCAAGAAGACUCAAUCUCACGCACCUGUUGUACACAAGUCAUUUAAUAAUCGACUUACCUCAGGAUAGAUCAAAACUGAUCAUCAGGCCAACAGGUGUUGAAAUCGCUGGUAUACAUAAAGUUGAACGAUUUCGGAAAGGACACGAUGGUUGCAUAUGUCAGUAUUCUCGGUGCCUUCUGCACCACUACCGUAUUGUACCACCAAAGGAGUGGGGCUCCUUCCGAGCAACAGACGCCACGUUGCUGAAGUAUUCUGAUAAAAUUGUUAAACGUGUGAUCGAGAGAAUAACCCAGUUAAACUUUGAUAGACAGACCGUGACUUUUGAAGUGUAAAAUCACAAUGGUAAGAACUGAACAAAUAUACCAUUGUGUUUCCAUGCCCAAGUAAAUUCAGCUUCUGCAAUAUUAUGAAAUCAUGUUUAGUGAGUGAGCAUGACCGGACACAAGACUUUGGCUUCGUUCAUUUGACCAAUGAGUAUCCAUGGGAUUCAGUGACUGGUUGG